ACGAUUCUUCCGGGGAUGCGCGUUUUCCCGGAAAUCGAUAUCAUUUCAUUAUUUCUCAUCUGCGUCCGGCUUCAUUUUUUUCUUCUUCUUUCCCUUCUUUCCCGGCUGGCUCUUGCUCUUGCUCUUGCUCUCCUCGCUCUUGUCCCUGUUCAUCCGCGCCCGCAUAUGGAGAUAUCUCGGGUGUCGAAGGUCAUCUCUGCCCUGGUCUGCGCUCGUUGUGGUUGGCCGGGUCGCGCGGGAACGUAAACGGGCAACUGAUUCUGAUUCUGAUUGAUGGCCCGCUUGAUACUCUAGAUGGAUGAGAUGAACCGAGAAUAUUUUCUUUUCCUUUCUUUUCCUUUUCCUUUUCCUUUUUCCCUUUUUUUUUGUUGCCUUUCCCGGCGGCGGGCGGACGGGC